ACCAGAAGCUACAGACAGGUGCAGUCAUAAUAUGAGCAGCUAUCUCAUCUGAAUUCUGAAGGGAGAGAGAGAGAGAGAGAGAGAGAAAUGUGCCAACACAGUAAUCAGAACCGUUGGUUUUAUGCAUGUACAGAAGAUUCUGCAGGCCAAUGGUCCCUGAAAUAAAUAUACCUACUCUACUCACACACUAAGGCCUCCCCUAGUAUAGUGUGAGUAAUGACCAGCCCUCAAACAAACACUACAAACACACACCCUGGUUUCCCCAUUUUUCACUGAAAAUAUCUUUUCCUUCUUUCAUUCCCACUAGUUUGUUUUCUUAAAUCUUAACACCAAAGCAAGUUUUUUUUUUUUUUUUCUCUCUAAGUCUUGUUUCAUCCUUCAUUCAUUCACAAUGAGUAUGAGUGGAAGAAACAGGUUUCCCUUCACUGCAUCUCAGUGGCAAGAACUUGAACAUCAAGCUCUAAUCUUUAAGUAUAUGCUCUCAGGCAUCCCUGUCCCUCCUGAUCUCCUCUUCACCAUCAAGAGAAGCUGCUUUGACCCUCCUCUCUCUACCAAGCUUUUCUCUCACCAACAUCAACAUGUUGGGUGGAACUGUUUUCAAAUUGGUUUAGGAAGAAAAAUAGACCCAGAGCCAGGGAGGUGUAGAAGAACUGAUGGAAAGAAAUGGAGGUGCUCAAAAGAAGCAUACCCAGAUUCAAAAUACUGUGAGAGACACAUGCAUAGAGGCAAAAACCGUUCAAGAAAGCCUGUGGAAGUUACUUCAACACCACCUCAAACUAACCCAUCGACACAGACCAUCUCAUCUAUCACCAGAAACUCAUCUCUUGUUAAUCCAUCUUCUGAAACUCUUCACCACCAACCCCAAAUUCACUAUCCUAUUCCUUCUUUUAAUAAUUCCCAUCUCACCACCCAUCCCUUUCUGUAUUCUUCAAAGCCUCCUGCUGUUGGUCUCUCGCCUCAGGAAAGUUUAAACUUGAACUCUGGUAACUUGGUUUUGGAUUCUGGUUCUUUUUCCCAGACUGACUUCAGAAGAAACAGGUAUGUUUAUGAUCUUAAAGAGGAGCAUGUUGAUGAGCAUGCUUUCUUCUCUGAACCAUCAGGAACUAUAAGGAGCUUUUCUGGUUCAUCUAUGGAUGAUUCUUGGCAACUUACUCCAUUGACUAUGAGUUCCUCCUCUUCUUCUUCUUCUAAACAGAGGGGUUGCUCUGGUCUUCAGAGUGAUUACUCUUACUUGCAACUUCAAAGCCUCAGUGAUCACAACCCAAAACAACAACAUAAGCAACAAGAUCAAAACUGCUACGUGUUGGGUAGUGAUAUAAAAUGUGAACUGCCCAUUAGAUUGGAUAGAGAACAUGAAGAAGGACCCCAAAAGACUGUUCACCGAUUCUUUGACGAAUGGCCACCAAAAACCAGAGAUUCAUGGCUUGAUUUAGAUGAUAAAUCAUCAAACAGUUCAUCUGUUUCAACCACCAGGCUCUCAAUUUCCAUUCCUUCCGCACAUGACUUUCCCAUCUUCAAUUCAAGAGCUCCAUGAUGAUGGUUGAAUUAUCGGUGGUGGGCUUGUGUAUUUAAGGCCAACUAUGCACUUUGUGAAGUUUACUCCCUGCUUGAGUUCUAGGGACUGUCGAUGUUAGUUUCUUUUUUAGGCAUUUCUGCUAAAUUUGGUGAAGUUUCAUUAUGUGUUUUUUAAUGAAGGAUCCAAUGUGACAGCUUGGUUGUUUCUGCUCCUUUCUACCUGACUUCAUAAAUAGAUUAUGCUUCAUGAUAGCCAAAAAUCUGUUUAUUGAUGGCUAACAUAACAUAUAUAUUGAUAUAAAUCUUCAGGGAUUCUCAUGUUUGCUUUCAAUGUAUUGUCAAACCCUAAAA